AUGAGAGAGAAAAAGGGAGAGAGAGGAGGAGAGGAGGACGACGACCAGACCAACACCAUCACGGCGACCACCACCGGCGACCUUCCCUCCACCGCCGCCACCAGUGGCAAUUUUUGCCUUCACGACUUCCAACGCGACCACACACCGCCAAGGUGCUGGAAUUGGCUGAAAAACGCGGCGAGGGACAACAAGAAGACCCGUAUCAUGCCACAACCCAUUCAUGUUGUAGCUAUUACUGUGAACAUCCUAAUGAUGCUUCAAACAUCUUCCAGUGUCGAUGCCGACGAUGACGAGGAUGAGGACGAAGAGGAGACGGGUAGUGAGGAGGAGGAGGAAGCCGGGAGCAUGAGGACGAUGAUAGUGAGGGUGGUGAUAGUAGUUAUUUUUAUUUUUAUUUUUAUUUUUUGCUCGCAGCUUAAGGGAGAGGAUAAAUGUAAUGCCCAUAUAAUGGUUUUUGUAUCUGGAAGACUAUGUAUUACGCUCAUCAUUCUAGUGAAUGCCAGAGUUUGCUCUAUUUAUUUUUUGUUGCUUUCGUGGUUUUCUGAAGACAAUGUUUGGUUUUCUUUGUUGUUUCAAAACUUUAAACUUGAAUGUGCUUGAUGA